AGCGAAUUGAUUAAAAAUUACAAUACAAUACGAGCAGCGUACCGGCUACGAUCACUGAUAACGAUCUGUUUGGAUGAGUCGCUUUGAACUUGCGUGUAAUAAUAUUACUCGAAAGAUUAAUCGUGUUGCUCGUCAUUGUUUUUAGCUGUCACCUUUUUACCAAAUUUUCGCAAGAGAUCGAGCAGCCAUUUGUAAUGAUUUCUGUGAGAUUUGUCCAGCCACCAUCAUCUCGUUUACGGAAGUGAACGCUUCUAUUGUCAGUCAAUUAGGUACUGUGUCCCUGCGGAACAACCAUGGUCGUGACUCUAACGGCAUUACUAUCCGUUGGCCUAGUUUCGUGUGUAGCCGUGCCGGGUGUGUUUGCGGUCGGUUCGCUGUUGACUGAACCGUCUUGCGUCGACGAUUUGAAAUUGAGAUGCGCUGACGCGCGCACCGCAGCCUUGUCUGAACUCGACAUACUGGAAUGCAUACAAUUCUACGAAGUAAUUCAACAACUCUUCAACAUAGCGCAUAAAAUAUAUACACUAGUUUCAUAAUUAAUACAUACCUAGCUUUUUCUAUAAUGUACUUAACAGUAAACAACAAUAUCCCUAUACAAAUUCUAUUGCUAUUUAAUAUUUUAUAUUCAACUAGUAUUACCUAGUUAAAAUGUUUCCACCUGAUUUUCAAUAGUUUUAAAUAUAUGCAUUGGUACAAAUAGUACGAUAAUUAGUUAGGCAAAGCAAAAUUUUAAAUGUUUAAUUAAAUUGUAUACUUGAUACAACUAUGGUCUAUAUGUCUAUAAUAGGUACAAAUUUAAUAAGCAUUAUUUUAAUUUUAUUAUUUGUUUAUUUAGGUAAUUUUCCAUACUUAAUUUAUACUUUAUUUAUCUAUCUAUUCAUUGUAUUUAUUUACAAAAUUAAUUACUAGAGGAAAUUGUUAAUAACUGAUUGAAAUUUUUUCAGGAUUCUGAGUUUUCAAAUGACUGUCCAAAAGCUAUAUGGACUCAUUUGAAAAAGUUUAUGACAAAAGAAAAUUUACGAACUGUACUCAAGUCAAAAUGUAUGCAUGAAAUUGAAAAAGUCAAUUGUGAAAGAGACAAAAAUUGGUUUGGUUGCAUAAUCGAUAAAAAACAGAGCAUUAUAAAAAAUGAAGACUGUCUUCAUUUGAUAUUACGAAUAGAAAAUAUAGCAUUUUCUGACUUUAGAUUAAUCACUAAUUUUUCAAAUGUAUGUCAAGAUGAUAUUAAAAAAUAUCAUUGUUUCAAUGGUCCAGUCACAGAUGUUAGUAUGAUGUAAUUACGUUAUUUCUUAGGUCAUUCAGUAUAAUAUUUUAUUUGCAGACAUUAAAUCGAGGAAAAGUAUUAGAAUGUCUUCAAUCUAACAUUGACAAACUUUCUCCAAAACAGUGUUUACCACUUGUUUAUAAAUUGUCUGAGUGGCAAGCAGAUAACAUAAAAUUUGAUUAUUCUCUUCAUAUGGCUUGUUUAAAAGACAAAGAAAAACUAUGCGCUGACAUUCCAACUGGAAGUGGUCAUGUUUAUAACUGUCUUUCCAGACAUAUUGGUAGUGGACAAAUGUCACAAUUGGUAAUUUAGCGUGUUGAUUUAUAAAUAUUUUAAAAUACUUAUCUAUUUUAAACGGGUUUUUUAGUGCCAAAACCAGCUGUGGAGGAGAGAAAAAUUAGUUACUGGCAAUAUUAGAGUCAGUAAAGGAUUAACUAGAGCAUGCAGAGAUGAUAUUCGUAAAUACCACUGUAGAAGAUUAGUGUCUGAUGAUAAGGAUGUACGCUUGGCACAACUUUUACUGUGUCUAGAAAAUAAUAUACAUAAUGGUAUAGUUAUUAACAGUCAAAUUGUUAAAUCAUAAUAUUAAAACUACUAUUCUUUUUUUUUUUUUUCAGGGAGUGAAGUGACUCCAGAUUGUCAAUUUGAAUUGAUGGAACAUCGAAAGUUGUUACUCCAAAAUUACCAGCUAUCACCAGAAGUUGUUUCAAUGUGUUCUAAUGAUAUAGAAAAUUACUGUCAAAAUAAUGAAAUUGGUAGACGUACAAUUCAUUGUUUAAUGGAUCAUUCAAAACCAUCACGUCAGAAAAAUCGAAUUGGAAAGUCUUGUCAAAAAGCUGUGUGUAACCAUUUAUAUAUAUUUAUAUAUAUGUAUAUAUAUUUUGUUUUUUUAAUGAAAAAUAUAUUAAUGACAUUUAGUUACAAAAACUUAUGCGUAUCACAAACAUUGGUGAAGACUGGAGAGUAGAUCCCGUUCUUCAAGAAAUGUGUCAGUCUGAAGUUGAUAUGUAUUGUUCUGAUAAUAGACCUCCUGGCUAUAACAGGUUACAAUUAUUUAUAUUACAAAUCACUAAUAAUCACUAUUUACCAUUCAGUGUAUAUCACAUUUUAAAUAUACUUUAGAGUAAUGUCUUGCUUACUGGAAAAAUUAUUUGUGGGAUCUAUACAAGAUGAUUGUAAAAAUGCAUUAAUGCCAGUUCAAUAUUUUAUCAAUCGUGAUUUCACAUUAGAUCCCGCAUUAUAUCAAGCAUGUUAUUCAGAUGCAUCUAGAAUCUGUAAAGCCAAGGAUUGGAUAAAAGAAUCCAAAGGGAACUUAAUUUUACCAUGUCUUGCUCAGUAUUACCGACCCUUCACAUCAUCAAGCACUGGAGCAAAAUAUAAAGUAAAUAUAUAACUUUUUGUCUACAAGAUAUGUAUUAUAGUAAUGAUGUGCUGUAAUUGUAUUCAUAAUUAUGAUAUUUUUUUAUAGUUAAAACCAAAAUGUAAAGAUCAAGUACGAAAAGUGAUGAUACAAAGAGCCAUCAGUGUAGAUCUCAAUCCAGAGAUAGCCGAAUCCUGCAUUAGGGACCUACCAAAUUUUUGUCACAAAAAAACUGGCAUCGGAGAGGAAAUGCUCUGCCUACAAGACAAUUUUAACAAGUAAGUGAUCAUUAUUCAUAAAUAUGUUUUAAAUAAUAUAAAUAAAAAAAUACUAUUUCAGUAAAAAAAUGACAAAAGAAUGCAAAGAAUCCAUUAGUAGAUGGACAGAAAAACAAGCUGAAGAUAUUCAGUUAAACCCUGUCAUUAGAAUACACUGUAAACAAUUUAUUCAAAAAUUUUGUUCGGUAAAGUUAGGAAAUAUUGUUAUAAACUAUUUAAUUUUUGAUUCAUUAUUAUUUGUGUGUUUCAUAUUUAGGCGGAACUUAUAUCUAAAGAUGAUAUUGGUAAAAAUGAUGUAAUGGACUGUUUGAUAAAAAAUAAAAAUGAUCCAGAAAUGAAAACGGAAUUAAAAUGUCGUGCUGCUGUAGAACAUUUUCAGUUAAUAUCUAUGAAUGAUUAUCGGUUCACAUUAUCAUUUAAAGAAGCUUGUCGCUCAACAGUAAUGAGAUACUGUCCCAGGUCUCGCACUAAACCAGAGGUAUGCACAAUCAUGGUACUUGAAGUUUUAAAUUUAUAUUUUAACAUUUUUGUAUAUACCUGAAUAAUUAUUUUCAUCAGGUUGUUGCCUGUUUAAGUGAAGUAGUCCGUAAUGAUACUAUUUCUGAUUCAAAACAUAAAGUAACAAAACCCUGUCGACAACAGCUCCGAGCACAAUUGUUACAACAACGAGAAUUUCUUGAAUUGGAUCCUGUUUUAAAAAAUGCAUGUCAAGGCGAUAUUUCAAAACAUUGUUCUGGCAUGGAAUCUGGUUCAGCACAGGUGAAAGUAUUAACUAUUUUUAAAAUAUGUAUACAAUUUUUCUCGUUAAUUCAUUAUUUUUUUUCUUUAUUUAGGUUUUAGUGUGUCUUGAAAUGAACAAAAGUUUGUUAUCAGAUCAAUGUCAUCGUGUAAUAUUUUUGAUUCAAAGACAAGAUUUGACUGAUAGUUCAUCAGACUAUGUAUUAUUGACAAAAUGUCAUAGAAUGAUACAACUUUAUUGCAAAGAAGAAAAUACGUCUAGAGCUUUGAGCUGUUUAAAGGUAUUAUUCAGAUGAUUUUUUUAUUAUGAACCAGCAAUUUUCUUUGAGGAUUUUAAGUAAAUUUGAUUUCUGUUCUUUUAACCAUUAUGGAAUCAGUUAACCUAUAUUUUAAAACAAUUUUUAAUUUUUUAACCCUGCUUCUUAUACCUUAAAUAAGUGUAUACUUUUUUUUUUCAAAUAGGAACCCUCCCCCCUUUAUUUGAACACAGAUUCGAAUAGAAAAUAUUUUUCUAGACAUUUUGAUAUGCAUAACACUAAUAUCAGAUUUACAAUUUAAAAUUUAAACUGGAGGAGUAAAGAAUAAAUUGUAUGAUUGUUCUCUACCCUACUUCUUCAGUCCAAACUUUAGACAAUUAUAAUUCUUAAAUGGCAAAUCUGAUAUAAGUGUUAUGCAUAUCAAAAUUUCUAUAAAAAUAUUCUCUACUCUAAUCUGUGUUCAAAAAGAUGGUUCUUAUUUGAAAAACCAGAGUAUAUAUUUAUUUAAGAUACAUGGAGUUGGAUUAAAAAAUUAAAAAUGGUUUUAAAAUAAAACUUGACCAAUUCCAUUAUGAUAAAAAAAACAAAUCAAAUUCACUUAAAAUCUUCCCAGAAAAUUGCUGAUUCACAAUAAAAAAAAUCACUUUUUAAUCACAAAUUAAUGUAUUCAAUAUUUUCAACAAAACCAUAUAUUUUUUUUUUAUAUAUAUAUAACAAAUAAUUAACAUGUAAUGUAAUACAGAAAUUCAAACAUGAUUUGGCAUUUGAAAAACCUUGUCAAUCACUUGUAAUUCAACGUAUGAUAGAACAAAGUGACGACUAUAGAUUAGACCCAGCCCUACAUCAUAGUUGUCAAGCAGACAUAAAUUUAUAUUGUAGUCAAAUAUUGGCCAAAUUACGUCCAGAGUCUGAGUAUAAUGGAAAAGUGCUACAAUGUUUAAAAGUUUGUAAUAAUUUAUUUAAUUUAUUGAGUGAUUAAUUAAAUAUAAAAAUUUAAUUUUAAGGAAAAGUUUCGUCAAAGAAAAUUAAAACCGGAAUGUGAAAAACAGGUGUCUCUUACUCUGCGCGAAGCUGCAUUAAAUUAUAAAUUAAAUCCAUUAUUACGUAGUCUCUGUACAACUGAGGUACUGUUCAAUUUUAUUUUAUUUGAUAUUAAAAAUUAAAUUUUGUAAAAAACAGUCAUCAUAAAAUUAAAACUUUUGUACAAUAAUUUUUUUUUUUUAAAUAAAUAGAUUAAAGAACUCUGUCGAAAAGAAGAAAACAGUGAGGGCAAUGGUGCUAUAGAGAGUUCUGGACAAGUAGAAGAAUGCUUAAAACAAGCAUUGAGUCAUGGAUUAAUUGAAAGUCGAGCUUGUCGUCUAGAAGUGGCGGGAUUGAUUGAAGAGUCCAAAGCUGAUAUAAAUGUAGAUCCCAUGUUACAACGAGCUUGUCUCCUAGAUAUAACAAAGUAUUGUGACACCGUACCUCAGGGUGCUGGUAGACGUAAGUCUUUUAUAAUGAAAUAAGUUUUAUGAAGAAUACUUUCUCUAUAAUAUUGUAAUCCAAUAAGCUGUGCAACAUUAUUUUAUUGAUCAAUGAUCAUUGCAACAUAAAAAUAAAGAGCUGAUAUUUGAGAUGGCAGUGCACAGCCAUUAUUGUAGGUAGAAAUUUGGGAAGAUGGGAUACAUAAAUUUAUUUUAUUUAUAUGUGUACACAAAAAAAAACUAUUGCUAACAAAAAAACAAUUCAGAGCAAAGUUUAAUAUUUGACAUAUUUUAAAAUGCCAUAUUUUUUACAAUUUUUGUUAAAAUUUGAUUUUAAAAUGCUUAUGAAAAAAAACUAAUGCAUUAAACUCAAAUUUGUUUUUUAUACUAUAAGUACAACUUAAAAUAUACCUUGUAUUAAAUUUUCAAUCAUUUCUCUUAAGGUAUAUUAUUUUGAUAAAAGAUACCUACCAAAUAAAAAUACAUAUAAACAGCCUAAAAACAGUUUAAAUGUUUUAAAAAUGUUACCAUGUCUACAAAAGACCAUUGUAAGAAUCAUUAUAAAGAUCUUGUAAUGAUCAUUAUAAGAAUUUUGUGAAAACUACGGGUCUCUAUGGUAAUUUUUAACUAAAAUACAAUAAAAAGUUUGAAUUCUUACACUUUGCCAUAUUUCCUAGGUAUUUUUUCCUGGUUUUCAGAAUUAUAAGGAAAACUAUGGACAAUCAAAUAAAGAUAAUUUUACUAAAAGACUAAACAAAAUUGUCUUUCAGAAAAUAUGCUGUUUUUGAAAUUUGGACCAAGACUUUUGGUAGAAAAAUAUAAUCUUGCACAUUUAAAUAAUGAAAUUGUUACGCCCUAAUUAAAACAAUUUUAUUUUUAUUUUUCCUAAUUAAAUUUAAAACUAUUUUAGAUAUCAAGAAAUUACUUUUGUUUUUUAGUGACUGUAUAUUGUUAAAAAUAUCAAAAUCUAUCUCUUGGUAUUUAUUGAUUUAACCAAUAUUUCUGAUAGAAAAUAUAGUUUGCAAAAUUUAAAAACCAUGAAACCAGUAAAGCCACAAUGUGCCCUAAAUAUUUGGUGGUUUACCUAUAAUUUUCUUUCAGGUUUUUCUUAAUUAUUUUUACAAAUCAAAAAAUUAACUUUCUACCAACUAGAGACAAUUUUCUUUCAAAAAAGGUAUUACACUCUAUAUCCCAGCAAGAUUUCUGGUAGUAAAGUGGGUUAUAAACAAAAAAAAUACACAUCAAAAUAAAACCAAUAGAUCCUUGCUAAGCCAUAAAUUUAAAAAUGAGUGCUGGAAAUCUUUUAGUACUAUGAUUUUUUUUUGGAUGGACAACUUUUCUACCAGCAAUUUUUCUAAAACGAAAUUUCACUGAGGAAGUACUUUAGAGAGGCAGUGAUGGAAAUUAUUCAUUUUUCUCACUUAUACUCCGGCCCAUGAGAGACCCAGUACACGCAUGCAGAAUGACUGAUGAAUAGGGGUACUCGAAUAGCAGUACUCAUCUCUCAUGAGUAUAGUCACUUUUUUAUUUUAGUCACUUAAAGUCACUUUUUAAGUAUUCUCGAAUAAUUUUAUAAAAAAUAAUUAUUAUAUUGAUAUUUAUUACAAGAUCAUAUAUUAUUAUAAUUUGCUAUGUGAUGAAAAAGAAAUUUAAAGUUUUAUAUAAGUUUAACCUAAUACUACCAAAGAUUAGCAUAUUUUUAAACAAUUGUUUUAGGUAUAUUUAAAGUUGUUAUUUAUUUUUAAAUUAUCACUAAAUUCAUUAAUAAAGCCUGGUUGUUAACCUAUCAUACCAAUCCUAACCUAUUAUAAUAUUAUAAUUAUUACCUAUAACUACUACUGAUGUUAAAUAAUUGUAUUAUUUUUUAAUGUUAGUCACUUUUUAAUCAUUUAAUUGUAAAUUUUAGUCAUUUUUCUCACUUAUUUUCAAACCAUUGACCACUUCCAUCCCAGUAGAGAGGUUGUUUUUUCUAAAACUUCAGAAAACUAUGAAUAUCGGUACUGCAUUAAACAAAUAUUAUUAAAGAAAAUAUAUAAAGCCUAUUUAAUUAUUUUAAUAUAAUAUGAUAUAUAUAAAUAUAUUGUUUACAAAGCCGGACUAUCAACAGAAUCAUUUUUCUGUAAACAAUGGUUUAUCAUUGCUUACAGGUGUACAUUAAAUUAUCUAUAAUAGUAGCUACACCUAUCCCCAUAAUCCUAGGAUGUAUUUUUAAUUAUUGUAUGAAAUAUAAAAUCUUUUAAAAUCUACAAAGGGACAUAGAAUAAAAAAAGUUGUAAAAUACUGCAAAUACCCUACUAAGCAUUAUGUUUAGGUGUAUACAAAAAUAUAUACAAUUCAAUUUGAUAACUUUAUUUUAAUAUAUGCCACACAGAUGAUGAUAGAUCGGUAACAGAGCUUUUCAGACAAAAUAUAUUUUUAUAAAUCAUUUUUAAAACCAAUUUUAGACUAAAUAUAAUAUUGUAUUAAUCAUAUUAUUCUAAAUGUCACUAAUCUAACAUUUUCAUGCAAUUUACAAUUAUUAUGACUUUCCCCCACUUUUUUAUGAGAAUAAUAGAAAACCAUUUAAAAUUCAGGGAAAAUUAUGGUUGGUGUAAAUUAUAUUGCAAUGGAAAUUAAAAUGUCAUUAUUAAUUGAAUUUUAAUAUAAUUCAAUGCUUUUGCAUUAGUUAAUUAAAAUUGCUGUAUGCCUGUUCUUGCAUGGUGGUCGAAAUGCUGUGCCAACAGUCUCAUAGUGGUGGUCAAAAAUUACCAGCCAUCAAAUAUAUCUACAGUAUUACCUAUCUGUAUAUUAUAAAAUCAAUUGCUAUACUAAAUAAUAUGUAUAAUGCCCUCAAUCAAGCAGAGAAUGUAGUAAUAUACCAGUUUAUGGAAAGCCUAUUAAAAUAUUUAUCCAAAUACCUAAGAGUACUCAUGAAAAUAAUAUUAAUGUAUUAUGUAUACUAUUUUUAAUUUAAUAUGUUACACUCAUUAAUUUUAUAACAGAUUUACAAUGUCUGCAAGCUGUAGUCGAAUCACAAACUAAAACACUACAUUCCAAGUGUCAUGAAAUGCUUGUACAAAGAAUGGAAAUGUUUAAAAAUGCAAAAGCAUUGGUAAGAAUAUUUUUAUUAAAUAUUAUAUACUAUUCAUAUACACUUCAUAGAGGUGUAUAUAUGAUAUAUGUUUGGCAACCCCCACCCCCCACCUCCCAAGCAUCUACUGGUAAAAAGUCCAGAUUGCUGAUUUCAGUUGGCAUAUGGUAUUGUUCCUGUAGGUUGAAGGUUUAGUUUAUAGUAGACAAUAGCUUUCUCUUGUGAAAGAGUAUUAGAAUACUCUCAUGGUACCUUUACCUAUUUUUUAUUUUAGUACUCAAUCCAUAGAUUAUUGUACAAUAAAUGAUCUCUCCAUGAUUCUUUUGCCUAUGUCUUAUCCUUUGGUUUACUCUCCAAGUUUUUCAUGGAUUAAACCACUAUCAGAAUCAAUAUGGUAGCCCUCUAACAGGGACACUUUUCUAUACAUUCCAUGUAUAGAGUUAAGUGGUUUAAAUUAAUGUUAAUAUCACUGAUUGAAAAUGUGUAUUCAUGUUGUGAUUUAAUUUAUUUUGCACUUAUUAUAUUAGGUUUUAUAUUUGGAUAUUAGUUGCAAAAAAAAAUCGCAUGUGGAGGUCCGUUAAGUUAAGAUAACCUAACCUGCACCCCCCCCCCAAAAAAAAAAAUUUUGCCCAGCUUAUUGCAUAUAGACACCAUUGUAAUAACUCCUUUAUAUUAGCUGGUUUUACUAUAGAGUCAAUUAAUUAACUCUGACUUCUUGAUUUGUGUAUAUUACCUAUAAAAUAUUUUUUUUUCUUUAAUAUCUAUGCCAAUAUUUUCCAUAAUGCUAAAUAGUAUUUUCCAAUUGACAUUGUUAAAAACUUUUUCUAAAUCUACGAACACCAUAAAGGUUUUCUUUAUCUUUCUAUUAGUUUUUCUAAUAUUAUUGUUAAGUUUAUUAUUGCUUUCUUGCUAAAAUAAAGAGCAAAAUAUAUAUAUAUAUAUAUAUAUUUAAGACAAUACAUGGUAACAAAAUAUACAGUCAGUAAGCCACUGAUGUAGGUGAGAAGGUACGAUACAUAGGGGAAUUUAAUGUAUAUCUGUACGAUUAAUCAUUGCCAAUGCUGAUGUUAAUGGGGAUGUUAUGGUGUAUGUUACUGUUAAAUAUGAUUUGAAAAGCAGUAAUAUUUACAAUUUUCCACUAAAUUUGAUACUAAAAUUCUUAUAAAAAAAAUUCUACAUCACACUCAAUUUUUUUUUUCACCAUGAAGAUUUGUAAUGAAUAUCCUGUUAAAUAUUCAAGUAUUUCUGUUUGGUUUAAUAAUUUUAUCUGCUGAUUUCAUACUUGUAAUUACCUAAAAAACUCACAAAAUUAAAAUGUCGAAAUAACUCAAAAAUGGCUGAAAUGUUUUCAAAAUUUUACCACUUUUAGAAAAGGCGAACCUAAGUUUUCUGUCUAAAUUUAAAAAUUUUACAAAUAUUUUUUUUUAACAAAUUGUAAGAAAAACAAAAUUAAAAUAAUACAUUUUGUUAAUUUUUCCCUUUUCCCAAUUAUUUUGAAAACCACUUAGAAAAUCAAAAAUAUGACCUUUCAGGAAAAUUUCCUUUCAGAAAAAGUGCUGCACUUGUAAAUCGGGGCAAGAUUUCUGGUAGUUUGUGUACACAUUAUGAGAAAAAAAUCAAUAUAUUCCUUACUCCACUUAGAAUCUAUAAGGUCUCUCCUAAAGUGCACAAAAUGUAAUCUGGUCACAUAAAUCAUUAAUACUUGUUGUAAUUGUUAUAGAUUUAUCCUGAGAGCCUACAACAGUUAUAUGGACAAGUUACUAAAUCCCCUAACAAAAAAUAUUUAAUUGUCCUUUUAUUCACUUUCAUGGGAUUAAUAUUCAUAAUAGGUUUGUUUUGUGGUCGUGUCAGUGGAAGAAGUGCGAUUUAUAAAAAAAAAUAAAGGUAUGUUAUCAUUAAAUGUAAACACUACAAGUAAUGCCUAUCAAAUAAAUGAUACGUGUUUAAUUUAACAUUAACCAAACUAUUUUGUAAAUGUUUUUUUUUUAUUAUAUAUAUAUAUAUAUGUGUAAUUUUUAUUUUAUAUUUUGCAUCACAUUAUUACUGUUAACUAUUAUAUUAUUAAUGAUUUAAUAUAGUUGAUAAUACUUGAUACAAUUUAUGAAAAUAUUGCAAUUUUGAAAAAUUAUAUAAACAUAAUUUUAUGCUUGACAUAAUUAACUUACUGUUUUAUAAACUCAAAGAACAAUUUACUGAUUACUAAUAUAUUUAUAUAUUGUGCUUUUUAAGAUAGAACUAUAUUAUAUCAUCACUGAAUUAUACCUACAUUUAAGUUGUACAAAUACAUUAUAAUAUUGUAUAUAUAUAUAUAUAUAUAUAUAUGUGUAUAGAUAUAUUUUGUUUAAAAUAUAUGUAGUAAGACUUAUAGGUUUUAAUU